GUUCUACUCCUGCGCUGACCGCCUGCUGUUCCCCGCGCACGCGCGCUCCUCACCAACCAGCUAGCGGCGCCAAGGCUGUCAAGCGCACAGCUCCCCCUCUCGGCCCCAGGCCUCUCCCCAGCCAACAGGCCGGUACCAUCUGCACAGUCCCCUGGCCCAGUCCUGUUUCCUGUGUGCAGGAGGUCUGUUAGUUCCUGGCCCGGCAUUCACCCUAAGCCAGGAACCCUGGGUAGCUCCGACACACAGUUCAUUCACACUGAAUGCCCUUCCUGGGCUGCCCACCAACCAGCACACUCAGGUCACAGAGGCUUCCUCCCUGCGGUGGGUCCCAGGGUCUCAUAUUCUGAGCUUCACAGACACUAACCCAAUCGCCUUCAAUGUUCUUCAUACCAUACUGCUCCUCAGGACAGCAGCACACCGCUGCUUAAUUUUCCGGGAUCAUAGAACAUUCCCCCACCUCGCCCUCUGGUCCUAAAGAUGGAACACAGGAGCUCUCUGCCACUGACCUAUAUCCCCAGCCCUUUUUAUUUUGAGUAAUUCUCCCUAAUUUGUCCAGACUGGCCUUGAACAUGCAAUCCUCCUGCCUGGGCCUCAGGAUUACAGCUUUUAGCACCAGAUAUCAUCUAGAAGGACAGAAGCACCCAGCUUCAGGUACUCUAAUAUGCAAGUGGAGUUUGAGUUCGCCUGUGCUGCGAUCAAGCAGCUGAAACGUCCUGUGAGCGAUCAGGAUAAACUGCUGAUAUACAGCUACUACAAACAGGCCACUCAGGGUGACUGCAACAUCGCUGCCCCUCCUGACUCAGAUGCAAAAGCUAAAGCAAAGUGGGAGGCAUGGAACGGGAACAAAGGGAUGUCCAAGAUGGAUGCCAUGAGGAUCUAUAUUGACAAAGUGGAAGAGCUGAAGAAAAAUGAGGCUGGUUAAGGACACUUGAACAGACAAAAGGAAAAUAGCAUAACUCCUCUGGUAGGGAAUGGGCUUCUUAAAAGACCCUGAUGGCUGAAAUGUCCUGAAAGGGGGUACCUAGGUUAGCUGAGACAUCAAUAAAUUACUGAAACUGCAA